ACACACGGUCGCAGGCGGGAAACCAAAGACAGCAGCUCGUACGUAUCAAGAAAACAAGCUCUGCCCUGUGUGUCACUCUCAGGCGUUCUCAUUCGCGCAUCCUACCGAUAAGGAAACGCUGGGCCUCAUGCAGCCAAAGUAAGCGCGCUCAUGGGGACUCCGCCUCCCCGCGGACGCUCCGCCAGGGGCUCCGCCGGUAGGAGAUCCGCGAUGAUGCCCGCCACUGGCGCGCGCAAAUACCCCCUGCGCUCUCCUUCCGCCCAUCUCCCGCGAAACCGUUCCUCCGCUCCCGCCGCUUCCACCGCCCCGCCCUUCACCUCGCUGUUAUUCACCUCGUUAUUGUCCUCGUUACUGUUCACCGCGCUACUCGCUCCAGCCGCCGCCCAGGUGGCAGAUACGACCUCCCCCGGCUGUACCGUGUCUGCGUCGGCGGUGUCCUGCCCGGCGGGAUUCACCGGCGGCGCAUUCGCGCUCAACGCGCAGGCAUACGUCGCGGGCGCAGGCCGCGGGAACGCGCUCGUCCUGGGCGCGGGCGGAAGCGCAAAUGCGGGAUCCGCGGGUUCCGCAUUCUCUUCCGCCGCGCUCGCGCUUCCGCUCAGCGGAGAUUCCGCCUCCGCCUCUGCCUCGCUGUCAUUUUCGGCUCGCUUCACUUUCGAGCUGGUGGGGGUGAACGAGGCUGACGUGGCAACGGGGCUGGCUUUCGUCAUCACCAGCGGGCCUACCACUGCCGUCGGCUCGCCCAGCCUGUUCGGCUAUGGCGGCGCUGACUUCAAAGCCAGCCUGGCGGUGGUGCUGAGCGGCCAGCCGCCCAUCUCUGCCGGCCUGCUGGCGGGCGGCAGGGCGGGCGGCACUGGCAGAUGGGCGGCUCUCAACCCGUCGUCGCCUGACGCACCCCAUCUCCUAGCCCCAGGCGUUCUGCAGCACGCGUGGGUGGACUUCGACGCCUCUCUUUCGACCCUCCGCCUCUUCCUCAGCGGCUCCUCCCCCACCAAGCCUGCAGCUCCGGUGCUCUCCGAGCCUGUCGACCUGGCUUGGGCGCUCGGGCUGGCAGCAGACGGCAGCUGCGGGGCGGAGGGCGGCGGCGGUUGUCUGUUUGUGGGUUUCACAGGAGGGUCGGCAGCAGUGGAUGCAGCGGAGGCGGCAGCAGCGGGGAUCGCAUCAGCUGUGGAUGAUGGAGGGGGGCUCAUGCAGAUCGUUCACUCCUUUGACUUCAAAUUCCUCGCCAAUUCUGCUGCUUCCUCUGCUGCUGCUGCUGCUGCUGCUGCUGCUGCUGAUGUUGGUGCCACUGCUGAUUCUACCAGCACCGAGUCACGCCUGGCCGGCUUGGCCGAGCCAGCAGGCUUGGGAUCACCGAACGUGUUCCUUGCUUCGGACGACAGUUCCGGUGCGACGGUAGCCUCGUACGGAGCCUUGGACCCCUCCGCUGCUGGCGGGGGCCUCUUCACCACUGCCUCUCUUGUCGGUGACAUUGGUACUGCGGUUGGCACUGCCACUACUCUUGGUACUGCUGCUGCCCCUGCCCCUGCUCCUGCCACAUCCGCCCUGUCCUCUGCCCCCUGCAACGUCACUGCUACUAGCAUCUCCUGUGUUGGCUUCUCCUCCUCCUCCUCCCCCGCCCUCUCCUCGCCCUUCUUCCAGCUCAAUGGCGACGCCCAGGUGGGCCCCGGACCAAACUUCCCCAUCUGGCUCGACACCACCACCAAUGCUGCCGGCUGCGCCCUCUCCAUCCCGAGCCUCAGCCUCAGCCUCGGCACCGGGCCUGGCGGCAGCACCGGCGCAGAAGCGGUGGCGUUUGAGGCGGCUUUUUCGUUUUCGUUUGCGGCGAGCGCGGAUUACAACAGCUGGGGCAACCGAGGGCUCGCGUUCGUGAUCACUGCGGGGGAGAAGACCGCGUGUGGGCGGAGCUCGGGCAGCGCCAUAGGCUACGGCUUUGCCCCCAACAACUCGUUUGCGCAAAGCAUUGCGGUGGAGAUGCGAUCUCGGCCGUCCGCGUGUGUGGCAGUGGUGGUGGGGGGGGAGGUGGCAGGCGACAACUGUGCUGAUUCUGAUGCCAUGGCGCUGCUACCACCCGCUCAGGCCUUCACUCUGAACGAGCCCCAGUACGUGUGGGUGAGCUACGACGGCAGCACGCGCGCCCUGCAGGUGUUUGUGUCGCCAGGGUCGCCCUCCAAGCCACAGUCCGCCGCCCUCGUUGUGCCCCUGGACGUGCCCGCCCUCCUGGGAGGCACCUCGGGCAUCUCGGUGGGAUUCACGGGGGGGUCGUGGUGGACGUGGGUGGACGACCUGGAGGACCACGUCAUCCACUCGCUGUCCUUUGAAGCGGUGCCCCCCGGCUCCCAGCAGUCCCUGCCGCCCUCCUCUCCCCCCAGCACGUGCCACCUCGCCCCCUCCCACACUCGCCUCACCUGCACUGGCUUUGCCGGCCGCUCGCCCUUCCGCCUCAACGGCUACGCUCAUGUGGGGCCCGCGCCCAACUUCCCCCUCGUCCUCGACACGGGCGGCACCGCUGGCAGCGCGCUCACACUCGCUGACCUGGUGCUCUCACUGGAUUCGACCACGUCAGCAGCUGCUGUGGUGGCGUUUGAGGCGGCGUUUUCAUUCUCGGUGUUGACGGAGACGUCGUAUGGCUACAGGGGCAGCAGGGGCCUGGCGUUUGUCGUCAGCAACGGGGAGAAGACGGCAUGCGGGUCUAGCGACAUGGGGGCCAUAGGGUAUGGGGGAGCGGCCCCAGGGGCGUUCAAUGGGAGCGUGGCGGUGGAGCUGCGGUCGGGACCCACCUCGUGUGUGGCUCUGGUGGUCAACGGCAAGGCGUCAGGCGACAACUGCGCUGCUGCCGACCAGAUGACCGGGCUUACAGGGGAUAAGGCGUUCACCCUGAACGAGAGGCAGCAUGCGUGGGUGGCAUACGACAGCUCGUCCCAGUCCCUGGAGGUCUACCUGGGUGGCAGCGACGGGGUGAAGCCCGAGGAGCCGGUCUUGAGGACGGCUCUCGAUCUUGUGGCUGUGAUUGGCGCCACGUCAGCGUCUGUGGGCUUCACAGCUGGCACGUGGUGGUGGGGAUGUGGCGACACGGACGACCACCACCUUAUCCACUCGUUCACCUUCAACACCGUCUCUCCGGGCUUCCUGCCAUCGGUGCAGCCCACCCAGGCUCCCACAUGCAGAGCAACCGAGUCCUCCCUUCACUGUGCCGGCUUUGCCGGGUCGGCCCCCUUCGACCUCAACGGCUAUGCGCAGCUGGGCCCGGCGCCGCUCUUCCCUCUCUGGCUCGACUCCUACGACACCGUUGGCUCCGCCCUCUCCCUCUCGCCCCUCUCCCUCCUCACCCCCUCUGGUCUCUCCACCGCCUUUGAGGCCGCCUUCUCCUUCACCUUCCUGGCCGACGCUUGCGUUCCUCUGCCUGUGACGGGUCGAGGCUUUACCUUUGUGCUCACCAGUGGGCCAGCAACCGCCUUGGGACCACAGAAUGCAAGCUCCCUGGGCUAUGGCUCGGCGGGGGGAGCUUUCCUCAACAGUGUGGCAGUGGAGUUUCGCCUGUGCCCCGUACCCUGUAUUGCCGUCUCCUCCAAGGGGGUAGUGGCGGGAGAUGGUUGUGCUGGAGCGGAGUUCUUCUCUGCGUUGCCUCCUGAACAGGGCUUUCCUCUAAACACCAAGCAGCAUGCAUGGGUGAGCUACGAGGGUGCGUCUCAGACGCUCAAGGUGUUUCUGGGUGGAGCUUCCAAGGUCAAGCCAGCUGUACCGGUGCUCACUGCCCACGUGGACAUCCCGACCAUCCUCGGCGCCACGUCAGCUUCGGUGGGGUUCACAGCUGGCACGUGGUGGUGGCAGGACAUGGCGAAUGAGCGCCACAUCGUGCAUGAGCUCAACUUCGUGGGAGGAACCUUCUUGGAAAUGUCCAACAUCACUGCUGAGCUGACCAGCACCUUCGCCUACUCCAAUGAAACCGUCCUCUCGACAUUCACCACCGCCACCACCGCCACCACCGCACCAACCACUACCACCGCCACCACCAAGGGCGACAUUACUACAGCUACUACGAUGGAUGUCGGUUUUACCUCAACUGGGACUUCUGGCAUUGGGACUUCAUCUGGAGCAGUGGAGCUCGCAGCGCUCUCCCCAGACGCCACACGGGGCACCGUGGAGUUCCGCUUUGUCGCCAACACGGUGUCGGGGCCCCACACGUUCACCGGCCAACGCCGCAUCGUCGCCUCUCGGCCCGUGGUGCGUGCACACGUGUACAUCUCGAAUAUGGAAGAAUCGGCCAUGGCUGGCGUGGCAGUGACGACGCGCAUCACAUACCCCAACGGCACCGACGCCUCGCACUGCUUUGUGUUCAGCGACCCCGUGCUGGACGGCAUUGCAGAUGUGAACGGCGCAGGAACCCUGGCCUCGAAAUCCUCUGCCUCUGUCGACUGGCUGCUCCUCGCACUUGACUGUGCUGCCCCUGCUGCCCCCACCAACUUCAAGUUUGGCAGUGACCUGCAGUACACACUCCCCGACACGUCAGCGUCGUCAGCUGCUGCUGGGGAUGCCACGUCAGCACCGCCACCGGUGGUGAAGCAAGUGAAUCUAACGAGUGUGCGUGUAACAGUGGCUCCGCCGCCCAAGCUGCAAGUGCACUACUUUGUGCCCAAGCACGUGCAAGGGGACGACCUGGAUACCCCACAGGUGGAGGCUCCAGUGCCCGUUGUCCUAGGAGCACUGUUUUACAACUCUGGCCACGGGACAGCAGCUGCUGUCGCCACACAGUCACUGCCGGCGCCCGCAACCACAGCAACAACUACCGUUCCGGGAACCACAACUUCUGGCGCGGGAGCGGGAGCUCCCGCCGCUGACGUGGGAGCGACCACUGCUGGAGCUCCUACCGCUGACACGGGUGCAACCACUGCUGUUGCUGCCGCUCCCACGGCUAGUGCGAGCGGCGCGCUAACGAGCUUCAGCAUCACCAAGACCGUCUUGGGGGACCAGGCACAGCCACCAUCCUUCUCCGUCCAGAUCGGCAGCAUCCCCCCUUCAGGCACAGCCAUGGUGCGAUGGACCAUAGAGGCCAGCCUCACUGGCACAUUCGAUACUGUCACCACCAACUCCUCCUCCUCCUCCCUCGUUGCUGGCCUCUCCCCCAUUCUCGAGUCUGUGGACAUUCACAACCUUGUGCACGUGGUCUAUCUUCUCGACCCCCCCUCAGCACCAGGCGCAGGUGACGACGGCUUGCCGGAUUUCCUGGUGGACGACGACGGGGACGCGCAGGGCCUGCCGGACGCCAUCUACAGCAGCGCUGCUAACCGCGUGCUGCCGGUAACUGCUGUGCCUCACAGCGCUCUCACUCUUGGCCGCCCGCUCUUCACUGGUGAAACGCGGGCCAAGCUCACUGUCACAGUGGACUGGUCAUCACUCACUGCAGCAGCAGGGGGUUGGUCUUACCUGGCAUUUGCCUCGCUGCUGCCUUCCCACUGCUGGAAUCUCACCGCUGCUCUCCGAUCCAACGGCUCUCAGCUGCCCGUUCCUUUCAACGCCUGGACCUCCUUUUCCUCCUCCCACUCUCCUUCCUCCCCCGCAACUGGCACUGCCCCUGCUCCUGCUCCUGCCUCUUCUCUUGCUUCUUCCCCCUCUGCCUCCCCCUCAGCUGACAGCACUCACAUUCUCGACCUCUCCUCUUCCCCCUCCUUCACCCUCUUUUACUCCUAUUUCGACCAGACCCUCUCCUUCCCCCACCUCCCCCCCUGCUAUCAGGCUGUCAUGCCUCCCCCUCCCUCCCCCCCCAACCCCCCUCCUUCCCCUCCCCCUCGCCCACCCCCCCGCCCCCCUCCAAACCCCCCAAGGCCUCCCCCAAACCCCUCUCCUCCCCCCCGCCCCCCUCCAAAUCCCCCCAAGCCACCCCCACCACCUUCCCCCCCUCCUCGCCCCCCCCCAUCUCCCCCCAGACCCCCCCCACCACCUACUCCCCCUCCCCGCCCCCCUCCAAGCCCCCCCAAGCCCCCGUCGCCUCCCCCUCGCCCUCCUCCCAAUCCUCCGAAGCCCCCUCCUCCCCCCUCACCCCCCCCUCGCCCCCCCCCCAGCCCGCCAAAGCCCCCCCCGCCCCCCUCGCCUCCCCCGCGACCUCCCCCCAAUCCCCCCCCAAAGCCCCCCUCGCCACCUCCCCCCAACCCCCCUCCUCGCCCCCCACCCAACCCUCCCCCGAACCCCCCUCCCCCAAGGCCCCCGUCUCCUCCCCCUCGCCCUCCACCUCGCCCCCCCCCAAGUCCCCCACGUCCGCCGCCUCCCCCCAGGCCUCCUUCUCCCCCUCCCCGCCCUCCCCCCCGCCCUCCCCCAAGCCCGCCCAAGGUCGUCUAAGUGCCACUUUUAGUGGGCCAACAAGGGUGCAUCGGGAUGCUGAGCCGGCCAGGGAAAUGGCUCGUACUGUCAAUCGUUUCUUUAAACACUUUCCUACUCGCCAAAUGUUGGCUAAGAAUUGUGAAUGUUUUCGCAUGCCUCGAGGUGUUUUGAGGCAUCUAGGGUCGUGGGUGGGUCAUAUGGAUGAUGAUGGCACGCACUCUUUUCUGCGACAUCUCAAUCUACUACCGUACUUAUGCAACUCGUGCAAGCACUGGUCUUUUGCUCGAGCAUCUCCCUUAUCAUCUCGACUUGUGCAUUGGUUCCCAUAGCUUCACUUGUGAACCCCCUUUGCUCUGGCUUCACUUGGGUUGUUAACUCCUAUGCACUAUGGCUGAUACUGGCAAAAAGUGUACG